AUGAAUUUAUUGAACAUCGCUAAACAUCUUCUUGAUUUGGCUCAAACUGAAUUUGGAUAUGAAAACUCUGCAAUGACUACUGGUGAAAUUUUUAUCGUAGAACGAUUAUUCGAAGUUUUGAAGUCAUUUAAAGAUAGCUACUUCAGUGAGCUGUACACUUAUGAUUCUCUCGAAUUCGAAGAUGAAUAUGAUGAAACAACUGAAGAAGAAGACAACAGUGGUGAAACGAUUGAUGAAGCAAAGAGCGACGAUGAAAUGGAUGAUUACAAUGAAAAUGAACAUUCUGAUCUGAGAAAUCGUUUUACAUUAGAUGAAAUGGAAAAAAUAAUCGAAUGGGUUGAUCAACAUCCAAAUGCUAGAUUUGCAACUCUUUCCCAUCGUUUUAAAAAGGUCAAACACAGGAAUUCUAUUACAAGAUUUAGAGAAUAUAUCGAAAAUAAUGGGACAAGAAUAGAAAAAUUAAAACAAAUUAAAGAAUUUAUGUUAAACGAAUUUUAUCUACAAAGAACAAUUGAAAAAGCAGCCGUUCAUGAUACCGACCUUGAACUUUAUGCAAUUCAAAAAGCAAGAGAAUUGAAUUGGGACACAUUCAAGGCAAGCAAACAGUUUCUCAAUACUUUCAAGAAGGAAAACAGAAUAUCAUCAAGAAGGUAUGAUAAAAUUAUUACUCGAACUAUAUCAAAUAGUAAAAUCUGCAGUUUAGAUGAUGCCCAAAAUUGGAUUGAAAGUAAAAGAACUAUAAUAUCAAAGUAUACUACUCAUCAAAUUUUAAACAGUGAUCACUGUUCAUUUCAACAAGAAUAUGUCUCACCAAGAACUCUUUCUUUUAGUGGUGAACGAAGAACAGAAGUAGUUGUUAAAAAGAAACAUCACUUAACACACUCUUAUACAGUACAACGUGUCACAUCAGCUGAUGGCUGUUUAUUAGGUAAAUUCUUUCUCAUCCUUCAAGAGAAAGGAAAUGAAUUCGGUAAAACAGUGCAAAAAUAUUUAAUUGUACCACCAAAUGUUGUAGUAGGAGCUUCAAAAUCAGGAAAAAGCAGUGGUGAAAAACAUCACACUUUUUAA